AUGCCUGGAGCUGCCACUGCGCAAAGGGAAAAGCCUGAUACAUCAGGCAUAGUAGAGCAGAAAGAUUAUUUCCGGGAACUCGUGACUUUCCCACAUACAAACAACUUUGAAAAAGCAAGUGAGAAAAGUCAUGGCUGGAGCUGCCAGUGCGCCGCGAGCCGUCCCGGGAGGCCGCGGCCGGCCGGGCUCCCCGCGGGCACCUGGCGCGGGAAGACUGAGGCCGCGCGGGGCGGGAGCCACACCUGCCGCCGCGCGGGGGGCGGGAGCCAGGUGGCCCCGGCGCGCCCGCCGUCCCCGGCGCCGAGCAGGAAGUGGCUCCGGCGCGGCCGGGGCGCGGCCUCGGCAGGGCGCGCCCCCUCCGCGGCGCCUGGCGGAGCGGCGGGGCCGGGAGCGGCCGGAGCCCGAGCCCGAGCCCGAGCGCCGGGAGCGAGCCCCAAUGGCCGCCGCCUCGGCUGCCGUGGACGAGCUGUCCCGGAACUUCACGUACGGGGCGCUGGGCGCCGGCAACGGCUCCCUGUCGGGUGCGUGGUACCGCAGGAACCAGAUUCACCUUUUUGGAGUUUUGCUGGCCAUUUUAGGAAACUUGGUAAUCAGUAUUUCCCUAAAUAUUCAGAAAUAUUCUCAUGUCCAGUUGGCACACCAGGAACACCCAAGGCCCUACUUCAAGAGUAUGUUGUGGUGGGCUGGGGCCGUGCUCAUGGCCGUUGGGGAGAUGGGCAACUUUGCAGCCUACGGAUUUGCCCCCAUUACUCUCAUCGCUCCGUUAGGCUGUGUGUCUGUUACAGUUCUACAACAGGGAAUGAUAAUUUUGGGUCACUCAGUACCUCCAUACAGUUAGAGUUGAUUGAGCCUGGGAGCACGCUCAAUGUGUCCACAUGUUUGAAGCUUGAUGGUAGUGCCAUUAUUUCUGUUAUGUUUCUGAAAGAAAAUUUAAGAGCUUCAGAUUUACUAGGUAUGACACUGGGAUUUGCAGGAACCUAUUUAUUGGUGAACUUUGCUCCAAAUAGAACUCAGUCUAUCUCUGCAAGAACAGUACAGUAUUACUUUGUUGGCUGGCAGUUCCUGAUCUAUGUGAUUUUCGAAAUAUUAAUUUUCUGCACCCUCCUCUAUUUCCAUAAAAGAAAAGCAAUGAAGCACAUGGUGAUCCUGCUAAGCCUGGUGGCACUUCUAGCCUCGUUGACUGUCAUUUCAGUAAAAGCAGUCUCAGGCAUGAUCACUUUUUCUGUGACGGAUAAAAUGCAACUAACUUAUCCCAUCUUCUAUAUCAUGUUUAUCAUCAUGAUAGCGUCUUGUGUUUUCCAAGUCAAGUUCCUGAAUCAUGCCACGAAGCUCUACAACACAGCGAUGGUGGUGCCCAUUAACCAUGUUUUCUUCACGACCAGUGCCAUUAUCGCAGGUAUCAUAUUUUAUCAGGAAUUCCUUGGUGCAGCUUUUCUUACCAUAUUUAUAUAUAUUUUUGGGUGUUUUCUGUCAUUCCUUGGUGUGUUUCUGAUCACAAGAAAUCGAGAUAAGGAACAUCUGCCACAGUCUUAAAUUGAUUUUGGAAAUAUUCCUGGGAAACAAACACUGGACAAAAUACAACCAGAUUCAAAUGGCUUAUCCUAUGGAACUUUGCCUGAUGGAAGUGACUCAACGAAGAGCCAAAGUGGAGAGAAGAAAGAGGUCUAAAAUGCCGAGAGGGAUGGCUUCUGGCCUGUUAUUCGAUAUCACCUUUGAAAAAAAACUGCACGUGUUC